CAAUAUCUUUUAUUCCCGCGAUCUUGUACGGGAAAUAAAAAUGCUGUUAAAUGUUUAUUCAGUGAGACUUGAGUCUAAAAGGUUUUUCUUCAAUUACCUGUUUGAAAUUAAGAGGAAACAUUGACGCCAUCUUUAAUUGUGGACGUCCGAUUGCAUAGCGAAUAACCCCAACGUUAUUGCGCACCGGCAACGGGAUUCAGUACAUUUUUUCAUUGAUUCAACACCGGUAAUUAUACGUUAAAAACAUCAUGUCAAGGGUCUUACUUAGAGCAACAUCGCUACUUUCUGCAAGAACUUUGAAACACACACCCAGAAUCUUCUCUUCAACGAUGACAGAAGCAUUGAAACAACACGGCGUCAUCCCUGAUGUGGUUGACAAGAUACCUGCUUCGCUAGUCGACGUCACCUACCCUGGAAAUCUGAGUGUGAAAAUUGGGCAAGAAUUCACCCCGACACAGGUGAAGGAUCAGCCGGCCGUCAAAUGGAAUGCGGACCCAGCUACUUUCUACACUCUGGCUAUGAGUGAUCCAGAUGCACCUAGUCGCGAGACUCCAACGUUUAGAGAAUGGCACCACUGGCUAGUGGGAAACAUUCCUGGUGACGAUGUUUCAAAGGGAGACGUUCUUUCGGAGUACGUUGGAUCUGGCCCGCCAAAAGACACUGGACUUCAUCGCUACGUUUUCUUAGUCUACAAACAAAAUGGUAGAAUUAACUUCGACGAGCCACGUUUGACCAACCGAAGUGCAGAGAACCGUGGGCUAUUUUCCAUCCGUAAGUUUGCCGCUAAAUACGACCUAGGAGAUCCUGUUGCUGGAAAUAUGUACCAAGCUAAGUACGACGACUACGUGCCUCUGCUGUAUAAGCAGCUUGGAGAAUAAUGGUUUGAAUUUAAUGUUGCAUUUGAAAGUUUAUUUGCAUUACGCCGAAUUAUUCUUAUGUAAUGCAGCUCUUCAGUCACAUUGUAUGAAGUAAAAUUUAUAUUCCAAUAAAUAUUUCUAUAAAUAUG